GCCGCGCAACUAAAACUGGACUUGACUCCCUCUCUCCAUCAGAGUUACUCGUGCCACGAGUUUUUAAACGUCCUUCGGUUUCCGCCUGGACGUCCUUGCUUUACUCUCUAGUUUGUUCGACUGUAUAUUUAUAUCGUGGGUGGAUAGACAAAUAAUUGGAUUAAUAAAAAACCCAAGUGUGGAGAAUAAUUUUAUAGCAACAGUUGUUGAGUGUUUGAAGGAAACGAAACUUAAAGUGUAAAGUGAUGGCACAAGUGAUGCAGUAUCAACAGAUGAGCAUGACACCAAUGAUGUCUUCAAUGACUCCUAUGAGUGGACUCUCGAUGCCAAUGCAUCAUCAUCAUUAUCCCAUGGAUUAUGGGUCAUCUGGAAUGCAUUAUCACCCGUAUAAUGCAUCUAUUCCUAGUCAUCAUCUCCAGAGCAGUCAACCUUCUUAUUGGUUUCCUGGAUCCACUAGCCACACUCAAAUCUCUGAACCUCUGUCACCACCAUCAUACACAAUGCCGUCUACAUCUUCCUGGAGCACGCAAACGCACUUAUCUCAACCACAAUUAUCGACCAUUUCGGCUAUUCAACAUUAUCCAUUACCACCAAGUCCACCUGAAUUAUCACCAAGUCCACAGGGCCACACCAGUCCAUAUCAAUGGCCACUCACUCCACCAGCUGAUCAUAUAUUCGGUGAUGAAACAAAGCCCGGGAGAAAGUGCACCAGAUGUCGUUGUCCUAAUUGCCAAAUUGAUGGAGGCAAUCAGCUUGGCGCCGAUGGCAAAAGGCAACACAUUUGUCAUAUACCAGGAUGUGGAAAAGUUUAUGGCAAGACAUCACAUUUGAAAGCUCACCUCAGGUGGCACACUGGUGAGAGACCUUUUGUAUGCACUUGGGUCCUAUGUGCAAAACGUUUCACAAGAAGUGAUGAGUUACAAAGACACAUGAGAACUCAUACAGGUGAAAAACGAUUUGCUUGUCUAACGUGUGGAAAACGAUUCAUGCGAAGUGAUCAUCUUACUAAACAUGUGAAGACUCACGAGAAUCAGAAGAGGAAAUUAUCCAAAAAGGAUAAGGAAAAUGAACCUGACAAACAGGAAGUGCAAAUGAUGCCAUCCACGCAACCGCAAUAUAUGCCCAUACCAUCAUAUCCAAUGGCUUAAGUUAUCAUUAUGUUUUAUUGGAUGAA